ACAAUUAUUGAAUGAAAAUAAUGAAGAGGAUGAUGUUUUUGAUAAUUGGAAUUAUUUUGAAGAAAAACAAUUAAUGAAAGUUAUCUGUCAAAAAGGACCGAUUGGAUAUGAACGUAAAUCAAAUAUUAUGACUCAAAAUGACAAAAAAUCAUCACCAUCGUUGAUGUCGUUUGAUUCACAUGUAUUAAUACAAUGCCUGUAUAAUCGUUGGAAUACAAGUAAAUUAUUCUGUAUGGAAACAAUGGAUCCAAAUAAAUUCAAUGUUACCAGACAUUAUCAUCAUAAUAAUAGGUCAGCUGAUAAUAGCCAAUCGGUUGAUGAACCAAUAAAUUUUAUGCUCAAUCCACAUUCAAUCAUUGGAAAUGAAACGAAAAAUCCACCAACGUGUAUAGAAUUGAAUGCGAAUAAUACACAUCCGAAUGAAUUGAUUGAAUUUCAAGUAAAAUUUAUUGAACAAAACCGUCAUAGACGUUUCGUACCAAGAAUCAUAUUGAUUAUACGCCAUGAUUCAAUUAACAAUAUUGAUUAUCAACAACAACAACAACAAAAUAAUGAUUCACAAUCCAAUCAUCAUAUGAAUAGUGAAGAUCAUGGCAUUGAAAUUGAAGAACAACAUAAACAACAAUUUAUUGAUUUUGUUCGUUGGAAUAAUCAACACGAUUUGAAUGAUUCAUUGAGAAAUUCACAAAAUUAUUAUCAAUAUAAUAAAGAUGAUGAUGAUAAUAAACAACAACAACAACAACGAUUAAAAAAUCAUCGUUGGAAUGAAAAGGAAAAAAUUCUUGUCACAAAAUUUGCUCGAUUAGCAUUAUCGAUACAGAUGUCAACAACGAUGGAUAAGAUCAAAGAUCAUAAGGAUUGUUAUUUUAAUGAUAACAUCAUUAUCGGCAAUCAUUUGGUUAAUGUGACAACCGAAUUUCUCAUGUUUGAUUGUCCAAUCAACUAUGGCAAUAAUGAUGUUGUUGAUGUCGAUAAUUCAUUCAAUAUCCAUAUUAAUAUUGAACCAAUUCAUGGUUCUGCAAAAAGUUUGAUUGAAUCGAUUAAAAUUUGUGGAUUUCAAGCAUUUUCCAUUGCAGAUGAACAAUGUGGACAACCAUUGAUUCCUAUUUACGGUCUUGUUACACAAAUUGAACGUUCAAAUACUAAUCUAGUGGCCCAAUAUUCAUGCAUUCAAGGUUAUCGUAUUGCAAAUAUGAAAAAUGAAUUGAAAAUCGGGUUAAAUGUUGAUCAUAAUGUUAAUAAUAAUGAUUAUCAGCUACAAUACUACGCUGAUAAUGGCAAUAAUCAAUUGAAUAAUGAGGAAAUUGAUUCAUUGAAUGGAAAUAAUAUCAGUAGUAAUGAUGUAACAAUGGAACGAACUUGCGAUCGCCGUACACAUAAAUGGACACCAGAUUUCAAUGAUGUACUUUGUGUACCGAAAUAUUGGUGCCGUAAUCCACCACCAAUGCCUGAUCCAACAAAAUUUUUAUUUGAAUAUUCAAAAUUAGAUAAUCUGAAUCGUGCUAUUGCCGAUUCAUCAAUGGCAACAUUACGUUGUAUAAUGGUGACACAUAAUGUAAUGCCAUUCACUAUAUAUCGUUGUGGUAAAUCAGGUGAAUGGAUUAAAGUUGGCAAAAUUGCUAAUUAUACUGAACCGGAGCCGGAUUGUGUGCCAUCCAAAUAUCGUACUGGUUUGCCAUCACCAUCAUCUGGUGGACGUUACUAUCGUGGCUAUAGACGUUAUUAUUAUCGUUAUUAUCCACCACAAUCAUCGAGUAAUAUGAAUACAGUAUUAUGGGGACAUAAAUUGACUGAUAAUAAAUAUCUAACAUAUUAUGGUGGUGCCGGUAUCGCUAUAUUAUUUUUGGCUUCAUUCAUUAUACUUAUACAUGUACGGCGUAUGGCUAAAAAAAUGUCAACACAAAUGCGUGAACAGACGUAUAUGAGUAUGGAAAAAUCUAAUAAUGAUGCAUUCAUGUCUAUGGUUAGCGAUAAUCAAAUGGAUCAUACUGGUAAUCCGCCGGAUUAUUAUAGUGAAACAAAUUUCUUUGAUGCAAAUACAAUGUAUUCAAAUGAUUUACCACCACCAGCGACACCAAUUUCAAUGCCAGUUAGUGGUGGUGGUGGUGGAAAAUCCAGUAAAAAUGAUUUGAGCAGCAAUUUUGAUUCGAUAAAAUUUUAACAACGAA